AUGACCCCCAAAGUCCUCGUCGUCCUCACGUCCCACGGCAAGAUCGACGCCACUGGUAACCCAACCGGCUGGUUCUUGCCCGAAUUCGCCCACCCCCACGAAGUCCUCAAAAACAAAGUCUCCCUAACAAUCGCCUCGCCAAAAGGCGGCGAAGCACCCCUAGACCCAGCCUCGGUAAAGAUGUUUGAAUCAGACGAGCUAUCGCAAAAAUUCCUAAAAGAACAAAAAGCUCUCUGGCAGAACACACACAAGCUGGAAGAUAUGAUCCCGCGCGUCGGCGAGUUCGAUGCUAUUUUCUAUGUUGGUGGUCAUGGACCAAUGUUCGACCUGACAACCUCCAAGACUUCCCUCAGUCUAAUCCAGUCCUUCGCUGCCGCAAACAAACCCGUCGCAGCAGUCUGCCACGCACCCUGCGUCCUGCUUAACGCAACGGCACCCUCGGGUGAGCGUCUCAUCUCUGGCGUGACGGUUACUGGAUUCUCGAAUGAUGAGGAGGAUGCUGUGGCGUUGUCGUCUGUUAUGCCGUUUAUGUUGGAGACGGAGCUUGGGAAGGUCUCUGGUGGGAAAUAUGUCAAGGCUGCUGAGCCUUGGGGGGAGAAGGUCGUUGUUGGGAAGGCUGCUGGGACGGGCAGUGUGUUGAUCACUGGUCAGAAUCCUGCUUCGGCUGGGAAGGUUGGGGAGGAGAUUUUGAAGGCUUUGGGACUUUAG